AUGAACGACCAGAAGAGAGUGUGCCGCCGGUGCAAAAAGAAGCGUGCGGAGGAUGAGACGCCCGAUGUGGCCAAAUACAAGACAUGUGCGCCGUGCCGAAUCAUUGAGCGCAAAAGCAAACGGGUCAAAAAGGCGGUCAACACCGGAACACCCAUUGAGCUUGCGGAGAUUCAGCUGCAGGAGGACGACUCCCGACUCCCGGAGCUCCAGGACGCCACGCUGCUCUGCGACAUCUGUGGCCGUCACCGGCUGUCGAACGAUAACGGCCGCUACAAGUUGUGUGCUCUGUGUCUCAUUGACCCGACGUCGAACCUGAACGUGGAGAGCGAUUACGCUGAAUACUUGCGCAAGCUUGCGACCAACAAAUCAGAUGACGUGGCGAAUCUCAUCUACUACAAGCACCUCAUCCCGCCGGCGGUCCCCGUACACGCGGCCUCGCCCGAGGAAAUUCUCGCGGAACUCACCCAGCGCUUCAUCUACCCGAUAUCCCACGUCACCGGCUUCCAGUUCUCGCGAAAAACCUCCAACGUGCUGGGAAAACAGGCCCCGAUUGUCAAGGCGUUGUACAAGUGCAAACAGGAUGCCCGCUCAAAGCCCGCGCGUGACGAGUAUGACGAUGAGCCAAAGGCGGUGUAUCGCAGCUUGCGCACCACCGAGUGCCAAUCUUCCGUGCUCGUGUCGUACAACCUCCAGUCUAUGUUGCUCGUAGUCAAGUACUCGCACAAGACGCACAGCUCGUUCUUGACAAAAAACUAUUCGAAUGAACUCGUGGCAAUCAUCCUCGAGUAUUUUGCAAACGGUUCGACCGCGAAUAAUAUUCUCACCGAGUUGCAAAAGCGCGCCUACGCGAAUGACGCGCAGCUCGCGUAUGGCGACCUCGCCGAAGAGAUCAAGGCCAUCAAGAAGGCCACAUUCUUGCGCGACUUUUCGCGCGAAAACAUUCUCUGGGAAUCCCAUUUGCGCUCCGGUGAGUUCAUCUUGCCCAUGGGCAUCGACGACUAUCCCGCCUACACCCACAGCAACGCAGAGCUUGCGGAGAACUUGGCCGCCUUGGAAUCCGCCGACCAGAACGGCUACUUGUCACAGCAGCAGCACCAGUUGCAGCAGAACCACAGUGUGGACAUCGGCAAGUUGGUGGCACAGUACGGCGAGUUUGCGCGCGACGAGCUCGACCUUAAGCACGAGAUGGAGUUUGCACGCGACGAGAUAAAGCAUGAGAUUGACGAGCUGGCUAUUGAUCCGGGGCUUGCAGGGCUAGAUAACUCAAACUUGACCGAGAUGGGCGGUGAUAUAGUGGGGUUAGUGGGGUUGGAUGAGGGGGAUGAGUCGUUGGAGUCGCGGUUGAAGGCGGGGGUGAUGGCUGUAAUUGAUCCACUCAUAGGGGAAUAA